UGGGGGAGCGCGGUCCACGGCAGACGCGGCGCGUACGAUGUUAUCGUGGCACUGACUGUAGCCUAUGCGACGCACAGCACCAAUAACACUAUGGUGAUCAAGGUUUACAUCGCCUCCUCCUCGGGAUCUGUAGCGGUGAAGAAGCGACAGCAAGCUGUGGUGGGGUUCCUGGAGGCCAACCGGAUCUCCUUCCAGGAGGUGGACAUCACCAAUGUGGAGGAGAGAAGGCUGUGGAUGUACCAACACAUCCCCCCGGAGAAACACCCAGACAAGGGCAACCCACUUCCCCCACAAAUCUUCAACGGAGACUGCUACUGUGGGGACUAUGAGGACUUCUUCCAGUCCAAGGAGAACAACACUGUGUUUACAUUCCUAGGCCUCAACUCACCGCCCUCAGUAAAGGAUUGCGAGUCGUAGGCAGUAGCGUGGGGAGUCGGAGGUCGCAGAGCACAUCACUUCCUGUAUCACAUCACUUCACCUCUCCCGGAGAUCUCACCAUAAUGACGCCACCAUGUUGCCAAACACUCUGACCUCUCCCCCACCUACAGCCAUCUAACCUGACACAGGAGGAGGGGAGGAGCUUCAGACCAUGGGAGGCGGGGCUUCACCCCAAAAACAAUGGACAAUGAUUUCCUCUGAUUUUUAUUUUAUUUUAAUUUUGUACAACUGCUGGUAAUCAUGACGAUCUAGUCAGUGGUUCCUGUUUGUGUUAGCGGUCAAAUAAUUACUAGUUUUCUUUUACUUCUAUGUAUUCUUUGGUCCGUUGUUCAGAACACUUCUGUUGCAGCUCUUCCACCAAUAGUAGCAUGCAGCUCUUCCACCAAUAGCAGCAUGCAGCUCUUCCACCAAUAGCAGCAUGCAGCUCUUCCACCAAUAGCAGCAUGUAGCUCUUCCAUCCAUUAGCAGCAUGCAGCUCUUCCACCAAUAGCAGCAUGCAGCUCUUCCACCAAUAGCAGCAUGCAGCUCUUCCACCAAUAGCAGCAUGUAGCUCUUCCACCAAUAGCAGCAUGUAGCUCUUCCACCAAUAGCAGCAUGUAGCUCUCCUGUCAGAGUAGCCAGGUUCUGUACGCAGUCAGACAGUUAAAGCUGACCUGAGGUCGUAACUGGAGACACUGAAGUUGGACUUGUGGUUAAAACCGAGGCGGUAAAUGGAGUCCACUACAGCUGUAUUUGGAUGCGACUUUUCGAUUUAAAAAAAAUAAAAUCGCAAAUCUAAAUAAACGUUCUAUCAACAUUGACCAUAUUAUUUUUGUGAAAUCUAAUUUUGAUUCUGAGUUCGGGCAUAUUAAGUUUUAUAUGUCAGAACUAUUUCUAAAAAAUGUAUUUUUCAGAACUCACUUCCUCAGUUUAAGUCACUUGCGCUGCUCACGUAUUGGCUUCCACAAUGUAGGGGGAGGUUUUAAGGGUUAUGGUAGGUGGAGAUGGACUGAGAGAUCAGCCAAUUAAAACCAGUCUAGUCCCGUUCUGAAUCGCUGUGAAACCAGAGGUCUUGACAUAUGAAGGGCCGGCUGGUGGGAUUGUAAUGAGACCAAUGAAGGCUGUGUUAAGUAAUGGAAGAGGAGACCAACUGGGAACGGGUGUGUUUACUCCUUCCUCUUUCCCCUCUUCCCUGUCUCUCUUCCCUGUCUCUCUUCCCCCUUUCUCUCCCCUCUUCUCAUUCCCCCUCUCCUCAUUCCCUCUCCCCUCUUCCCUGUCUCUUUCCUGUCUCUCUUCCCCCUUUCUCUCCCCUCUUCUCUUUCCCCCUCUCCUCAUUCCCUCUCCCCUCUUUCCUGUCUCUCUUCCCCCUUUCUCUCCCCUCUCCUCAUUCCCUCUCCCCUCUUCCCUGUCUCUCUUCCCCCUUUCUCUCCCCUCUCCUCAUUCCCUCUUCCGUCUCUUUCCCCUCUUCCCCGUCUCUUUCCUGUCUCUCUUCCCCCUUUCUAUCCCCUCUUCUCUUUCCCCCUCUCCUCUUCCCCCUCUUUUAUUAAAUGAUCAUGGAUGGGUGAAUCAUUGUGUAUUGUUUACACAUGGCAGGCUCACACUCUGCCCACACACUCACACUCUCGUGUUUCCUCACUGACUCAGAGACCUAGUGAAUGUAGUGCCAUCUUGUGUUUUGUUCUGUCACUGUUAACCUGACUAAAAACCACUUUCUUUUUGAUACAUGCCAUUUAUAUGUACUCAUAUAUAGUAGAAUCAACACCUGUUUUUAAUAUGAGAACUGUCUGUACCCGCCCGUCUCUGACAAUCACUACGACCUGGUUUCCCGGACCCAGAUUAAGACAAUAGACCUGAGAUUCUCAAGGGGCGGCAGGGUAGCCUAGUGGUUAGAGCGUUGGACUAGUAACCGAAAGGUUCAAACCCCCGAGCUAACAAGGUACAAAUCUGUCGUUCUGCCCCUGAACAGGCAGUUAACCCACUGUUCCUAGGCCGUCAUUGAAAAUAAGAAUUUGUUUGUAACUGACGUGCCUAGUUAAAUAAAGGUCUACAAAUGUUUUUUUUACAAAAUUCUCCGUUGAUUUUUUUUCUCUCUUUUUUUCUCUCCAGGGACUAGACUUAAUCUGGAUCUGGGAAUCCGUCCCUAUAAAUAAUUUUAUUUGUCUGUCCUCUGUGUGUUUUGGCUUUGGCCGUGUUCAAGAGCAUCACAACCGCAAUGUAUCAUGGGUAAAUUGUGACUGUCCUUUUUUGACCUGGCUAACUAAAACUGUCAUUGAUGAUUCUACACCAGUGUUUUCUCAACUCCCGGUCCUCCUGUAUCCUCAACAGUACACAUUAUUUUUAUUGUAGUCCCCAAACAAGCACACCUGAUUUCAACCUGUCAAACUAAUCAUCAAACCUUCAAUGACUUGAAUUACAUUUACAUUUAAGUCAUUUAGCAGACGCUCUUAUCCAGAGCGACUUACAAAUUGGUGAAAUCACCUUCUAUGCCUUAAACCAAGAUGUAAAGGUUCCAUUCCUCUAUAAUUUCUUAUCCAGGGCUACAAUAGAGAUGUCUGUUGUUGAGGGGGUAUAGGAGGACUCGGAGUUGAGAACCAAUGCUCUACACGAUGUUGAGAAAACAAAAUAAACCUUUUUUUGUUGUUACAAUGA